CAAGAGCAGAAGUCACUUCAGAGCAGAAACAGAGAGAGAGGGAGAGAGAAAGGUAAAAUACAACAUUUAACUAAUGCUUGACAUAUAUAAUGUUCUGAACUGUAAAGGCUUAUGUAACCAUCUUUGCUACAUUCCUGGUGAAGGGAAGGUGUGAGAUGUAAAUCGAUUCAGAGCUGCUGCUUGUUCUCCUAAAAGAGCGACUCAAGGAAAAUCCAAACGUGCAGCAUCCUUUAUUAAGACGAUGAUUUCGAUGGUAGACUGUCCUCUGGUUCCGUUACUUUAUGUUCUGUGUCAGGUUCGUUGGAGGAAGAAGAAGAAGAAGAGAUGUUUGUUCUCAUCUGGGCGACUCUGCUUUUCUCUGUGAGAGUCAGUGAUGCUGAGACAGGUUCUUCAGUGUUGGGGAAACAAAGUUGUCCGUUGACGGAUUACUGUAUCACUCUAGUUGAAGGAGAAAUAACAGCGGAGGCCGGACUCUGUGUCGUGAUACCAUGCUCCUUCACUGUUCCUGAGGAUAUCAAAGUCUUACAUAUAGUUUGGUUGAAAUGUGAAUCGACCAAACAGAGAUGUGAUUAUGGAGACAUGAUUUUCAACAGUAACACCUUCAGCGAUCAGGUUCAGUCGGAGUUUAAAGGACGAGUGUCACUGCUGGAGUCUGAUGUGAGCAAGAAAAACUGCAGCAUCAUCGUCAAUGACCUGAAGGAGUCGGACUCUGGAACAUAUCAACUCAGAGUUGAAGCUUCACCGAGUGAAGGUUCAUUUAAUUUCCCCCAAAGAGCAACUGUCUCUGUUCAAGGUCUGAUUCAGAGGCCCACAGUGAUGAUUCCCCCUCUGACGGAAGGACGGCCGACCACACUGACCUGCACUGCUCCUGGUCUCUGCUCUGGAUCUGAACCUGCAUUCACCUGGAGGUGGCGAGGAAGAGGAGAGAGCCACGCUGACCUCACAGGAAACAUCACGGCCUUCAAAACUGAGAAUGUGACUGAGUUCGCUAAGAGACGCAGCUCGACUCUGUCCUUCUCCCCUUCAGCUGAACAUCACGGAACCAACAUCACCUGCACGGUCCUCUUCCAAGGACACGUGAGCACAGAGGAGACGGCGACUCUGAGUGUGAGCUGUGAGUAG